GGUCAGCGCCUUCUGCAGGUCUUCGCUACACUCAACAAUGUGUCCCUUGCAGGAGAGGGAAGAGCUGGCGCUUCGCGAGUCCCUCUGGAGGCUCUUCAAAACACUGUUACCAUGGACACAAAGUUGACCGGGAGAGGAGCGAGGAGUGUGUUUGUGCGUACACGCUGUGUGCGAGGGGAAAAAAGAGAGGUUAACAAAAAUAAAGCGCACGACACUCCGGCGCUGCCGCUGACUUUCUCCCGGUCCUACCGCCUGCGGCCGUGCGUGAUUGACUGCCAGCAAUCUGAUCCAGUGAAAGACAUUGACAACCAAUAGGAAGCGGAGUGCGGCUUGUUUCCAUGGGAGGCCCCGGGAGGCGAUGCCAAGCCGCUAGAAAGCAACUCAGUGAGCGGGGGAGUCGCGCUGGCAGCAGCCGCGCUGUGGCACUCUGCACGCGGAUGAGAGCGGCGCGGGGGUCGCUAGGGGGUGACCGGGGAGACUUUGCAGAUUGCCCGUCAGUUAAAGCCACAGCGGUGCAGGAUGGAUGGAUUUCAUGACCAGCAAGUGCCUUACUGUAACUCCAAAAAGCUGCAAGUAAAGACAACGAGCUACGAGAGGCCAGCAAAUGAGAGAAAGAGAAGAUUCAUUAAGUCCGACCUGGCUCAGGACACUGAAGAGCUCUUCCAGGACCUCAGUCAGCUGCAGGAGACUUGGCUGGCAGAAGCUCAAGUUCCCGACAAUGACGAGCAGUUCGUUCCAGACUUCCAGACUGAAAACUUGGCUUUCCACGGACUGCAGCUGAAGAUCAAGAGAGAGCUGCACAGCCCGUGUUCAGAGCUGAGCUCCAACUGUAGUCAAGAACGGCCCUUCAAACUCCAGUAUGGAGAGAAGUGCCCGUACAACGUCAGUGCCUAUGAGCAGAAGCAGCCUGCAGGAAUGAAGCCCUCCAGCCCAGUGACGCCCCCCUCUAGCACCCCUGUGUCUCCCCUCCAUCAUGCCUCACCCACGGCAGCCCCAACGCCCAAACCAGACAGGACCUACGCUCACAUACCGCCCUCGCAGCCGCUCCCUGACAACGCCUACUCCAUGGACCACAGAUUUCGACGUCAGCUCUCAGAGCCGUGCCACUCGUUCCCCUCCCCGCCAACAAUGGCUCGGGACAGCCGGCCCAUCUACCACAGGCAGAUGUCGGAGCCCAACAUCCCCUUCCCUCCUCAAGGCUUCAAGCAGGAGUACCCCGACCCCCUUUUCGAACAUCCGGCCAUGAUGGGGGCGCCGCUACCCCACACAUAUCCCGCCACCAUGAUGAUCAAGCAGGAGCCCAGGGACUUCACCUACGACUCAGCAGAAGUGCCUAGCUGCCAUUCUGUCUACUUACGACAAGACGGCUAUCUGGCUCACACUAACAGGACUGAAGGUUGUAUGUUUGACAAAGUGGCGAGGCAUUUCUACGAUGAUACCUGCGUGGUGCCUGAAAAGGUCGAAGGUGACAUUAAGCAGGAGUCAGGCCUCUACCGCGAGGGCCCGUCGUACCAGCGCAGAGGCUCGCUGCAGCUGUGGCAGUUCCUGGUGGCUUUGCUGGACGACCCGUCCAACUCCCACUUCAUCGCCUGGACCGGCCGUGGCAUGGAGUUCAAACUCAUCGAGCCGGAGGAGGUUGCACGUCGGUGGGGGAUACAGAAGAAUCGACCGGCGAUGAAUUACGACAAGCUCAGCCGAUCGUUGCGCUACUACUACGAGAAGGGAAUCAUGCAAAAGGUGGCCGGCGAGAGAUACGUCUACAAGUUCGUGUGCGACCCAGAGGCCUUGUUCUCCAUGGCGUUUCCCGACAAUCAGCGGCCGGUGCUGAAGACGGACAUGGAGCGGCAGAUCAACGAGGAGGACACGGUGCCACUGUCGCACUUUGACGAGAGCAUGGCCUACGUACAGGAGGGGCCCUACUGCCAGCCCCACCCCUACAGCGAGGGCUACGUUUAUUAACGUCAGCCCCACAACCACACACGCUCCCUCAAACACACGCCUCCACUCUACCGUCCUCCCCCGCCGCCGCCGCCGCCGCCGCCUCCUCCGUACACCUGAGACAGUCGUGUCCUCUAAUCCGCAGUCGCUCCAGGAAUAAGACUGAACACAUACUCGCAGCGGAGCUUCCCCCCUCUCUCUCUCUCUCUGUCUCUCUCACAUAAACACACACACCCUCUUUUUUUUGCUUUUGCCUCUCUGACGUCCGAGCCGCACAGCAGGAUGGAGCGUGCACUUUAUGGACCGGAACGGCACGGUGUUAGCCAGGGGGCUAGCUAUGUGGUUGGCUUUUUACCAUUGUUUAUGUUUGUACAUUCAUGUGAGAAUCACUCUGUUUGUUUCUUUUUUUUUUCUUAUGAUUUUGAGCAUGUGGCUCCCUGGGGAGACAGGACUCUACGGCCAAUUCACGGUCCCCCGAGGACUGAAUCUUAGACUUUGAUUUCCGGCGAAAGAAGCAGCAGAUGGAAGGACGAUCGGUUUUGCUCGACUGUCCCUUAGUUUGUCCUCAAACAGCCAUCCUGUACUUUUAUGCUCAUUUAAGUGAAUACUGGCGACGUAUUGUAACGAUACUUUUAUGUUGAAGUAACAUGAUUAUAGACUUGAAAAAGUAAUGUGAUGAUAAAAAAGAGACAUUUAGCUGCCAUCAGCGAGAGCUGCCUCGCCACCGGUCUGAACACAGCACCUCUGUCUGCCAACCAUCUCUGCCCCCUCCUCCAAUCAAAGUGUAGAUCUCACGUAGGUGUUUUUUGCUGUAACGACAUAAACUCCACUGACUCAUCCCCUCAACGACUGGAAGCCGCCCGGGCUAGUAACGAUGAGACGCUGGCACACAAGGAUGCGCUCGAAUUCUACUGAACCGUAUGGAUGGAAAUGUCUUUUCUGCAUCGCGUAUGAACGGCCGGUGUUUAGGAUAAUCAAUAAGGCCACAGGCCGCUGUAAAAUAAUUCAUUAACUGUAAACAGCAGUUUCCUUUGUAUUCUGAAAUACAUCUAAGCCACUCGUUUGUCAUUCAGGUGUUCGGUUUUUAAACGAGGAACUGGUGAAAGUGCAUGUACAGUUAAAACGGAAACAGCACUCGACCAGUCAACACAUUCAGGAUAAAGUUUGCAUCCCCAGAUGAAAAAAGUCACAGAAGUGGUUUCAUUGGUAUAGACAAUAAAAGGCUAAAAAAAAAAAAUCUCAAACAUGAAAUCAAAUAUUUCCCUGAAAUUCUUUUUCUUUUUUGUUCCAGGUGAACAUGAGGUGUAUAUUUUGCUUAAAAAAAUGUUGCAUUGCCAUUGAUAGGGUUGCUUUUUGGUAUAAAAAAAAAAAAAAAAAGAGAGGAAAAAAAGGAAGGUAUAAGAAAUAUCUAGAGUUUUAUAAUGUGAUGAAAAAAAAAUUCAUGUUAUAACAAAAAUAGUGUUCCAUUGUAUAAUCAGGUAAAUGCACAUUUUGUUGCUGCUUCAAAUUGUAAGUGUAUUUUCUAGUCUCCAGAUAAAAAAAAAGAAAAAAAAAGAGAAGAAGUGCGGCAGCUAUGGCUUGCUACUCUGAAUUUCUCCCUUUUUUAUUUUGACUUUGUUUUUUUUAAUUUUCUUUUUGUUCAAUUUGAGCAUUAAAAAAAGAAUCUGCUCUGUCUUGAGUUUUGUUCUCGAGAGCCGCGUGUCUGGGAUGGGAUCGGCAAUAGCAGAAAUUCUGUAAUA